ACAGGAAAGGCGUCCGUUCUCAAAUCGGUCCGACUUUUGGCAACAGCAUGAGAAGUAACGUGUGCGGCAGCGACCGACAAAACUGACUGAAAAACAAAGUUUAUCAGCGAGAAACUGAGACUAAAUCAAAGCAUGUCAGAGGCUGUGAUCCAGCGAAUAAAGGAGCUGGAGGCAGAGCUGGAGAAGCUCAAGUCCCAGCUGAAGGAGAGCAGUGCAGACCUGGACCCACCUCUUAAUGAAAACACAGACUUCAAGCCGGAUGGCAACACCACAAGCGGCAAAAAGGGCAAAAAGGCAAGCAAAGACCGCCCGUUUGACUUCUCUGCACACCCUCGGCGUCAUGUGGCUCUGCGGCUGGCUUAUCUGGGAUGGGCCUACCAGGGGUUUGCAGUUCAGGAGAACACGGAGAACACCGUGGAGGCCAGACUCUUUGAAGCUUUGCUAAAGACGAGGCUGAUCGAGAGCCGACAGACCUCCAACUAUCACCGGUGUGGCCGCACCGAUAAAGGAGUCAGCGCUUUUUCCCAAGUUAUAACCAUCGAUUUGCGCUCUACCCAGUUUUCUGGAGGACUGGGUGUCACGCUGCCUGAAAACGUUGACGUUAGUACCAAGAAUAAAGCUACUGGCUCCGAGCUUCCCUACGUGAAGAUGCUGAACAGAGUCCUCCCUCAGGACAUUAGGAUCUUGGACUGGGCACCAGUAGCAGAUGGCUUCAGCGCACGCUUCGACUGUCAGUCCCGCACGUACCGGUACUACUUCCCCCGUGGAUCCUUAGACGUGGCGUUGAUGGCGGAUGCUGCAAAAAGAUAUGAAGGGACUCACGACUUUCGCAAUGUGUGCAAAAUGGAUGUGGGCAACGGAGUGCUGCAGUUCGAGAGGACAAUCUUAUCGGCAUCAGUGAACCCUGUGCAGCCUCAGCACAACUCCAGCACAGACCAGUACGACCUCUUCAUAUUUGAGAUCAAAGGACUGGCCUUCCUUUACCACCAGGUUCGAUGCAUGAUGGCCCUGCUUCUCCUGAUAGGGCAGAAACUGGAAGCCCCAGACAUCAUCAAUCAGCUCCUGGAUGUUCAGAAUAAUCCCAGAAAGCCUCAAUACAGCAUGGCGGUCGACUACCCGCUUGUGCUGUACGACUGCCACUUUGAAGGUUUGAGCUGGAAACAGGAGAAUGAAGAGGUGAACCAUGUCCUGUCUGACCUACAGCAACACUGGACCCAGAGUGUAGUCCAGACCCACGUCAUCCACGGGAUGAUCCAGGGUUUGGAAGCCAUCGGUGGAGUGUCCUCUAAGCAUUGCUGGCUAGUCGAAGGCACCAGACAGAAAAACUACCGGCCCCUGCUCGAACGUCCGUGCUGCGAGAGCCUCGAGUCCAGGAUAAACCAUUUUGUCAAAAGAGGAAGGCUGGAGCGGGAGGAAGGAGAGAACGGAGGUGAAAUGGUCCACAGAGGGAAAAGGUCCAAACAUUCCCACCAUUCCCCCAGCAUGUCGACAAAACAGAGAACAGAUCAAAAAGAAGAUUGACAUUUUCUCACAAGAAAAAGGACUUGAGUUUAUUUUGCAGUCAUUUUUGUUGUUUAGUUGUUGUAUUUACAUUUCAUUCCAGCAAGCAAAAUAAUUGAUCUCAUCUCACAGAUCCCUUGUUUUGAUGUGAUGGUACAGAUAAACUGUGUCAUAUUAAUACAUUUGUUCGUUAAAUAGC